AUAUAACGAGCCGGAAAGUAGAAGUCACAGUUAAUAGUUGAAAGUUAUCCCGAACUGAUUAAAAAUGUCAGCAGAGUACGAUAUUGUCGUAAAUGGAAAGCUGAAGUUGAAAUCAGAUUUGGAUGUAAAAAAAGGGAAAACAGCCAAGAAAAAUAAAACUGGUAAAAAAUUAAAGAAAAACUAUGUGGAGAACUUCGAGGAAAGUUAUCCUAAACAAAAAAAAGUGGAAGCUCACAAAAAACCAACGAAGGCAGAAGUGACAUUUAAAAAAAUGCGAGAAAAAAUGGAAAACAAGCGAAUUUUGGAAAAGGCUGCUAUGACUCAUAAGCAAAAAGUUGAAAAAUUCAACAGACACCUAGAUAACCUAUCUGAACACUAUGAUAUACCCAAAGUAUCUUGGACCAAGUAGAGUUCAUCUCGUUCAUUGAACUCCACAUGAAGCGAAAAGUCGAUCAUACGUUUUUAAGCUGAUACAUUUUCUACAAUUGUCAAAUAAAGUAAUUGAAGAAUAAACUAAAAAAAAUAAUA